UUGCAAAAUGGCGCAGUACAAAGGCGCUGCGCGCGAAGGACAACGGGCUGCACAUUUGAUGAAAAAACGAGAAAAGCAAAAAGAAGAAUUAGAAUUACUCAAAAAGAAGAUUGCAGAUGAAUCCAAAUCAGGAACCAUUGGAUUUGGUAGCAAGUUUGAAACUCAAUAUGAUGUUGUUGAACAACAACUUAAAUCUAGUACCAUUGGAUUGGUUACUCUUGAUGAGAUGAAAGCUAAAAGAGAAGAUCUUGUGAGAGAACAUGAGAAGAAGCUGGCAGCACAGAUGAAACUUAAUCAAAAAGACAAAAACAAGAAAGAUAAAAAGAAAAAACUUGCAAAAAUUGCAUCGGGUUUAUCCUUCGACAUUGACGGUGAUGAUGAUGAUGAUGGUGAUGAUGGUGAUGAGGAAAAUGACGAGAUAAUUGAACCAGCAGUGAAAAAGAAAAAACCAGGCAAGAAUCCUGAUGUGGACACAUCAUUUUUACCAGACAAGGAUAGAGAGGAAGAAGAAAGACGUGAGAGAGAAAGAUUACGACAAGAAUGGGUUGAAAUGCAGGAAAAGAUAAAGAAAGAGGAUAUCGAAAUCACAUACAGCUACUGGGAUGGCUCUGGUCAUCGGCGAAAACUCAUAAUGAAGAAGGGAAAUUCCAUUCAGCAAUUCUUACAAAAGUGUUUAGAACAACUAAGGAAAGACUUCACUGAACUUAAGCCUGUAACAACGGAACAAGUUAUGUAUGUAAAAGAAGACUUGAUUAUCCCACAGCAUUACAUGUUUUAUGACUUUAUCAUCAACAAAGCCCGAGGCAAGAGUGGGCCUUUGUUUAAUUUUGAUGUUCAUGAUGACGUGAGACUAACUAAUGAUGCCACCGUUGAAAAAGACGAGUCUCACGCAGGUAAAGUUUGUUUAAGAACUUGGUAUGAAAGAAAUAAACAUAUUUUUCCUGCUAGCAGAUGGGAACCUUACGAUCCGGAGAAAAAGUGGAGCAAAUAUACGAUUUCUGAAAAGAAAUAGGGAAGAAGAUAUCCUUUGAUUGCGUUCCUUGCUGGAAUGCUGGAUGAAUACGAGACUUUGAUAUUCCUCUUUGAGGAUCACCGUCCAACUAAAAGAGAGAACCGAGAAAUAGUUGAACCAUUAUUUGCAGGCAUUGCACUGAUGUGAAUAUUUCAAAUAUACAAGCAAUCCUAAACUAUUUAGUAUUAAUAAAGCAAAUACAAUAAAGUGUAUGACAAGGUCAA